CUAUGAGUCCAAACUCUAUAAGCUAUUGCAGGGCGGAGUAGGCAUUCCCCACAUCCGAUGGUACGGUCAAGAACGGGAGUACAACGUGCUGGUGAUGGACCUGUUGGGGCCGAGUCUGGAGGAUCUGUUCAACUUCUGCUCGCGUCGGUUCACUAUGAAGACAGUGCUGAUGCUCGCGGAUCAGAUGAUCGGACGCAUUGAGUUCGUCCACAACAAGAACUUCAUCCACAGAGACAUCAAACCCGACAACUUCCUGAUGGGAAUCGGCAGACAUUGCAAUAAACUGUUUCUCAUUGACUUUGGUUUGGCGAAGAAGUACAGAGACAACCGCACCCGUCAGCACAUCCCCUACAGGGAGGACAAGAACCUGACGGGAACCGCCCGUUACGCCUCCAUUAAUGCACAUUUGGGUAUCGAGCAGUCGCGUCGCGAUGACAUCGAGUCGUUGGGCUAUGUGUUAAUGUACUUCAAUCGGGGAUCCCUUCCCUGGCAGGGCCUCAAAGCGGCCACAAAGAAGCAGAAGUACGAGAAGAUAUCGGAGAAGAAGAUGUCGACACCCAUAGAGGUGUUGUGUAAGGGAUAUCCGGCCGAGUUCUCGAUGUAUCUCAACUACUGUCGAGGGCUGCGCUUCGAGGAGGCGCCCGACUAUAUGUACUUAAGGCAGUUGUUCCGCAUACUGUUCCGCACUCUCAACCACCAGUAC